AAUCCAGAUUGCGGCAAAACUGAGAUUAUUCUGCAGCUCACGGCAAAAUUGAUCGCCGACUUAAUUUAAUUAAUUUGUAAUUGUGAAUUGACCGUAUAAUUAUUGUGGGUCGGUUAGUUUGUUUUCGCCAAUGGCUCAGCGACAACAUAGACCUUCCGCACUGAGCUUAAUUAGAACAGAAAGUACAACUUGGGUCUUUUAGGCCUUGGACGUGUGUCAAUUGGAGAAACAUGGCAUCGUGCCAGAGAAUAUUGAAAGGGAUACUGCAUCGUCCUGCGGGGGUCAAGACCUUGGCAUGCAUCAAUUCAGCGUUAAGGUCUCUCUUCACUCUGCCUGGCUGUGUUGACCACUCUCGGUAUUUCAACAUCUCAAUAACUACGGAUGGACUACAAGGAGGACAUUUUGAUCGCCAACAGUCUAUCACGACACAAACGGAACACAAGCGUGUAUUGAACUCUUCUCGAGUGUUAGAUUCCGAAAAGUUCAAGAUGACUUUCCUUCCGGUGAAGCAGAAUGGAAUUAUUGAUCUCCUGUUCCUGAAAACUCCUGAAAUCCUGGACCCCGUUGUGAAUCGAGUCCCUCUCGGAUCCCCCACUUCUGGUGGUAAAGAAUACAUCAUUCCUGGUGCCAAUAACCCUGGAAAAACACUAGAUGACCCAAUCCCCUCCAUGCGUAUCCCAUCUCCCAUUCAGGAAGCUCCGAAUCACGCCCCGAGACUAGAGAAACAUGCUGCACGUCUAAUCGUCAUCCGACGGACCAAGAUGAACAAACAUAAAUUGCGCAAGUUGAGGAAAAAGAUGCACUACAAGUGGUCCAGGAUCAAGGACCGAAGGUACAUUCGCAAGGAGAAGGCUUAUCUUGACCAAAAACUCGCCUUAAUUCAUGCUGCAAUGAAGUUUGACGCGAAAGACUAUGUGGCCGAAGUGAUCAGAAAGGCCAAAGAGGAACCACUCCCACGAAAGUGGACAGAUCCCCUCAUGCCCGAUUGGUAUCGAGAACAAGAAAUGGCCAAGGAAGCUCGACUCAAGCGGUUUCAAAAGGUAGUUAAUAUGUAUAUUAAUAAAGACAUCAAAAUCAAGGUUGAGUAAAUAUAUAUAUGUAAAUGAGUCAAGAAUAGUCAACUUGUUCCAAUAAUUCUUCUAUGGUUUGAAUAAAUAAAUAGUAUGUCAUCGGCUUUCAA